CACUAUUACUAGCACAGUUUGACAGUUUUUCAAUCAAUUUCUAUUGUGUUUUUUUCUUCAACAAGCCGGGCCACGUAGAAUUUGCAAGAUUUGUGUUAAAUUUAUAGAAAUAUAUAUAUAAACAAUUAAUAAUUUACGAAAAAAAUCAUGGAAUCCACAAUGCAACGUUAUGUAUCGCCCAUUAAUCCGGCUGUUUUUCCUCACUUAGCCACAGUAUUGCUCAUUAUUGGUACAUUCUUUACCGCUUGGUUCUUUAUCUAUGUUGUAUCCAGACCUAAGAAUACCAAAGAGAAGACCCUGUUUAAAGAAUUGGCUAUUAGUUUAUGUGCAUCAGUAUUUUUGGGUUUCGGUAUAAUGUUUCUAAUGUUGGCUGUGGGUAUUUACAUAUAAAUGGACUCAGAAUGGUAUGAAUGAAAACACACCCACGGCCCUCAUUAUACACUAGGAUUGGUUAAUGCUAAACGUACAUUUAUAAGCAAAACAUUCAAAAGCAACCAAUAUUUUGCAAUUCCAAUUUUUAUUAAAUAAAAAAAAUAUAUAAAAAUUUAAA